AUGGGAAAUGCGUCCAACGCCUCGGUGUUCAUCUCCACCUUAUCGGAGAGAGAAGACCUGAUUUUUGGCACGCUCUAUUUAGUCUUUGGCAUCGUUUCCCUCUCUGGGAACUCACUGCUCCUGCUGGUGGCCUAUCAGAAGAGGUCCAUGCUGAAGCCUGCCGAGUUCUUCAUUGUCAACCUGGCCAUCAGUGACCUGAGCAUGACGGUGACGCUCUUAUCAUCCUUCUUUGCACACAGGUGGCUAUUCAACCAGGCGGUGUGCACCCUCUAUGCCUUCUGCGGGGUCUUGUUUGGGCUGUGCAGCCUCACCAGCCUGACGGUGCUCAGCACGGUUUGCUGCCUGAAGGUCUGUUACCCAGCAUAUGGCAACAAGUUCUCCCCCUGCCAUGCUGGAGUGCUGCUGCUGUGCAUCUGGGUUUAUGCCCUGAUGUUUGCCACAGCCCCCCUGGCCGAGUGGGGCAGCUACGGCCCCGAGCCCUACGGAACAGCCUGCUGCAUCACGUGGAAAGCCUCCAGCAGGGAGGCCACACUCUACAUCCUCGCCCUCUUCAUCUUCUGCUACCUUCUUCCCUGCCUCCUCAUCCUCGUCUCCUACUCGCUGAUCCUCUGGACGGUGCGGGGGUCCCGGAGAGCCGUCAGGCAGCACACGUCGCCCCAGCGCAGAGUCCACAGCGUGCACAGCCUGGUUGUGAAGCUGAGCAUUGCCGUGUGCCUGGGCUUUCUGGCUGCCUGGACCCCUUAUGCCAUUGUUGCCCUGUGGGCAGUCAUCGGCGAUGCCAGCCAGGUGCCGGCACUGGCCUUUGUGCUGUCGGCCGUCUUUGCCAAGUCCUCAACACUCUACAACCCUCUGGUGUAUCUGUUCUUCAAGCCCAAUUUCCAGAAGUUCCUCUCCAAAGACAUGGUGGUCCUCCAGGCCAUCCGCACCCUCCUCUGCUGUGGCUAG